CACAAAGGGCGGUGGAAGGAGAUUGUGGAACCCCCUGUCCCCUAUUUUCCCCUCCGCCCCACGCAUUUGGUCCACGUAUCUUAGCGAGAAAGCAAGCCUUCCAGCUAACUUUCUUGACAUUAAACUGUCUCCCGCGCCGCGCUUAUCAAAAGAGAGUUGUGAGCGAGCCCUGGUCCGUUCGUCAACAAUUGACCCUUUUUCUCGAAAACGCGUACCCAACUCCUACGUCUGUUUUUCUUGACGGCAACAAGAGAAGAAACGUCAAAAACAUGUCCACUCCAAGCAAGCGGCCUCAGAGCAGUACCAAUCGACGAACUCCGGGUUCCUCCGCCGCAGCAACUGCAUCGCCCUCUGCGCGGUCGCCAACGCCGUCAACCGCAUCCUCGGGGGCUAACCUGAGUAGGACCCGUUCAACCCGGGCAUCAACAAACGCACCUGUCUCAGCUCGUGCAGCGGUAAAGCGUCCAGGUACGACAGGAAACAGACCAAACUCAAUUUCUGUAUCCUCUACCUCUGCACAAGCACCGUCUUCCUUGUCCGGAAGCCAUGGAGAGGAAGCCGAGGCUGCCAGAGCAGAAACGGCCGCCGUUAUGGAGGACCUGAAGACGCGGUUACAGAAAGCGGAAGAAGCCUCGGAAGAAUACCAACGUCAGGUAGCAGUGCUUCAGGCAAAGCUGGAUGAUGCACUCCAAGAGCAGGCCAAAUUAGAAGAGCGUGUUCACGAGGGCGAGGAGCGGAUAGAAGGAUUGGAGAACGAAAAGAGAGAAUUCAUUCGGCAGAAGCGAGAAUUGGAAGUAAUUUACGAGGCAGAGAGAGUGGCGGUGAUGAGAGAGAAAGAAGAUCAUGCCGGUCGUGAAGAGGAUCUGCACGAAGUGAUCCAGCGGUUGAAAGACUCGCUAGCACAAAAGGACAGUCUGAGUGGUUCAAUUGACGACGGCAGAUUAUCGAGAGGAGCCAGUUAUCGAAGCAAUUCAUCGCCCACUCUCGACCACGGCCAAUUUGCACCUCCGGCAUCGCUCGAGCGAAGCAGUUCAAAGAAUAGUUCCAAGCUCAUACUUCAAAAGGACAAAGUCAUUGAGUCGCUCCGCUUGGAGCUGGCAGAGGCCCAGAUCAAACUCGUCGAAGUGGAGAACAUGGGAGGAAACCACUUGCAAGAGGUCGAGAAGAUGCUACUGGAAACCCGCAUGACAAACGCUCGGCUCAUGGAAGACAAUGAAAGCUUCCAGCUCCUUCUCAGCGAGCGCACGCUCAAUGGCGAUUUCUCCAAAGCAGAAUUUCUGCAGAACAUUGGAGGCGGAGGCAGCAGCUCUGACGGCGCGGAUGACGACACUCAAACCUUGCACAAGCGGCGACACAAUUCCAGCCUGGCAGACGAGCUCUACUCCAUCAAUCUCGAGGGCGAACAUGAAGAGGACGACGAAAAGAACAUUUGCCGCCGGCUUGAAAGCGAAGCCAAAUCCCUACGCGACCAGAACAAAGCCCUGACGCUGUACAUUAACAACAUCAUCGAGCGGCUCCUGUCGCACAAGGAUUUUGAAAAGAUUCUUGACCGGACACCAAAUACUGCGCCGGCACCACCUGCCCCAACACAUGCCUUUCCAAAGAACCAACAACAACUGCAACCGCCGCAACAGCAGCCGCAUUCGCAAUCGCAGCCAGAACCACAACCCUCCUUAUCCACAAUAAACGGUACUUCAGCCGUAAAUGUCGACAAAGACCUCCCGCCUCCUCCGCCCGUCAAAACGACUGGCGGCGAUCCCUUCGACUCCUCCCCCUCCUCCUCCUCCAUGGACCCCCUUCCUCCCCAUACUACUACCGGUCCCCCGCCUCCCGCUGCCAUCCAAUCCCUACAACAAAAGCGUCAAUCACUCGGUAACCAAAUCCCUCCUCCUCCGCCGUUCUCCUCCUCAUCCUCCAAUUCCACAUUCUCCAACAUCGAAAACCCCGCCACCGCGCCCCGCGUUCCUCUUGCCCGAUCCCAAUCUCUCCGCUCCGACGGGCGCCAGCACAAGCGCGCCUCCUCCGAAUGGUCACCGAGCCUAUCUUCCAUAGGAGGCGGCAGCAAUCGCACCCACACCGGCCCCGGCGGGUCCGGAGGGGACGCAAUAGGAGUAGGAGGAGUAGGAGGAAGGUCAUCUUCAUCCCGACCACAAUCCGUCUUCUUCUCCCCGCCCCUCGGCGGCACCAGCUCUUCUUCAUCUUCUUACGGCUUCCCCUCCGGCUCUGCCGUCGUCGUCGGCCGACCCGCCAAAGACCGACUCAGCAGCUCAAACAGCACCGUGAGCGACGAUACCACUGGCGACGGCAGCGCACCCAGUCCGCCGCGCAGCGUCAGCGGAAGCUUUGGCAGCACCGGUACUUCUUCCGUUGGCGGCGCCGGCAACAAUGCAGCCAACGGAGCAAAUGGAGCUAUAGUGUCUGGAAAUAGACUCCGUCCGCUCCGACUCGUGGAAGAAAGUACUACGGUCAAAGACGACGACAAGAGAGCCAAGCGUGGAAGUUGGAUGGGGUGGCUUAGUCGCGCUUCGACGGCGCAGGAGGGUUCGUAGGUCGUAGAGUUCGAUUCGGUUCGAUUCGAUUCGAGAUCUCUCUUUUGCGGCGUUUUUUGUCGAUAAUAGGGCCCUUUUUUUUCACGGAUGUAUUUGCAUGGAGAGAGGGGAAAAAAGGCCCGGGAGCCCCGGAUAAUGAAUUGAAUGAUAUGGAUGCAUACAUGCAUGGGAUCAGACCAUGGUUGAUAAUACUCUGCCAGCGGGGUACAAUUUUCUUUUUUCUUUUUCGCCGUCUCUCUUUUUUACUCGCGAUACUAUACCACCCCCCUGUUUAAUCUGUUUCCAACCUAGUUCUGGUCGAUUUUAUGAAAACUUGGCAUUGUCAGAUAUCAAAUGAGAUAUAAUACGUAGGUAGACUGCAUUACAAAGAGAAUCACUGAAUUCAAGCUGG